AGCGCACAUGGAGUCGCGCCGCGGCCCCGCCACGGCCGCCUAGGGCAGCGCCGCCGCCGCGACCCCGCGCAGCCCCCGCGCCGCGCCGCGGGCAUGGCUGCCGGGAGCCGGCCCCGGGGGGUCCUGCUGCCGCUGCUGGUGCUGCUGCUGCUGGUGCUGCUGCUCUCGCCGCCGCCGCGGUGCGGGGCGAGCGGCGGGUGCGCGGCGGAGCCCGGCCCGCUGGAGCCCUUCGACGCGCUGUACGCCAGCGGCGUGGAGGCCUACUACGGCGGCGACUUCGCGGGCGCGGCGCGCUGCCUGGAGCGGGCGCUGCGCAGCCGGCGGGAGCUGCGCGCCGCGCGGCUGCGGUGCCGGCGGCGCUGCCGCGGGCAGGUGCGGCUGGCGCCGCUGGGCGCCGGCGCCGGCGGGGACCUUCCCUUCUUCGCGUCGGUGCUGCGGCGCGCCGGGUGCCUGCGGCGCUGCGAGGAGCCGCCCCUGGGCGCCGCCUCCCGCCACCGCGCCGCCGAGGAGGUGCGCGCCGACUUCCAGCGCAGGGUGCCCUACAGCUACCUGCAGCGCGCCUACAUCCAGCUGAACAAGCUGGAGGAGGCAGCAGAUGCAGCUCACACUUUCUUUAUGGCAAACCCUGAGCACAUGGAAAUACAACAGGACAUUGAGAAUUACAAAACCACGGCAGGGAAGGUCAACCUGAUUGACCGAGAGGCCAAACCGCACAUGGAGGACUACACUGCUGGGGUAAGGCACUACGAUAAGGAGGAGUACGAGCUGGCCAUUGAGUUCUUUGAGCGCGCAUUGAAAGAGUACUACUCUGAGGAUGAAGAGUGCCAGAUCAUGUGUGAAGGGCCUCAGAGAUUUGAGGAGCAUGAAUACCUGGAAUAUAAGGCUGGCCUCUACGAAGCUAUUGCAGAUCACUACAUGCAAGUCCUGAUGUGCAAACACGACUGCGUCCGAGAACUCGCCACACGUUCGGGACGUAUCUCGCCCAUUGAGAAUUUCCUUCCUCUCCAUUAUGACUACUUGCAGUUUGCCUAUUACAGAGUCGGUGACUAUGUGAAAGCUCUGGAGUGUGCCAAGUCCUACCUUCUCUUCCACCCAGAUGAUGAAGAUGUUUUAGAGAACGCAAGUUAUUAUGAGGGCCUUUUGGAAGGUACUCUGGAUCCAGACACCAUCAAGCCCAGAAAGGAAGCUAAAAUGCUACUGAGGCGCCAUAGGCUGGAAUCUCACCUCUUGCAGAUGGCUGCAGCCGGCCUUGGAUUCGCCUACACAGAGCCAAACUACUGGAACCGGUAUGGAGCCCGUCAGGAUGAGCACAGUGUUCCAUCAAGUAUUAGCAGUGAACCAGAGGAUGGGCCCAGGCUGUCCCUGGGAAAGAAACCUGUAUCCAAAACAGAUCGAGAGUUGAAGGAGGGGGGUCCUCUUCUCUACAGCGACGUGAAGUUUGUCUACAACUCCCAACAGCUGAACGGCACCCAGCGAGUGCUGCUGGAUAAUGUCAUCUCAGAGGAGCAGUGCCAAGAGCUUCACAGGGUGGCCAGUGGGAUCAUGUUGGCUGGAGAUGGUUACAGGGGCAAAACCUCACCCCAUACCCCAAAUGAGAGAUUUGAAGGAGCCACUGUCCUCAAAGCCCUCAAGUAUGGCUAUGAGGGUCGUGUCCCACUGAAGAGCGCCCGCCUCUUCUACGACAUCAGCGAGAAGGCUCGCAGGAUCGUCGAGUCCUACUUCAUGCUGAACUCCACGCUGUACUUCUCCUACACACACUUGGUGUGCCGCACAGCCCUGUCUGGCCAGCAGGAGAAGAGGAACGACCUGAGCCAUCCCAUCCAUGCCGACAACUGCCUCUUGGACCCCGAGGCCAACGAGUGCUGGAAGGAGCCUCCUGCCUACACCUUCCGGGAUUACAGUGCCCUUCUUUACAUGAAUGCGGACUUCGAAGGAGGCGAGUUCAUUUUCACUGAGAUGGAUGCCAAAACUGUAACCGCCUCUAUCAAGCCCAAGUGCGGGCGAAUGAUCAGCUUCUCAUCGGGCGGUGAGAACCCCCACGGGGUGAAAGCCGUGACCAAAGGCCAGAGGUGUGCUGUGGCUCUCUGGUUUACCUUGGACCCACUUUACAGAGAGCUGGAGCGAAUCCAGGCAGAUGAAGUGAUUGCAAUGUUGGACCAGGAGCACCUAGGACCCAGUGAAAUGAACAUCAACCCAAAGGAUGAGCUAUGAACUAGGCCAAAGACUUUUUCUAUUAAAUAUUUAUUUAAUAUUGUUAAUCUUAUUAGAACCCUUCUAUUUUUGUACAGAGCCGCUGUAUAAAUUAACAGGUUAAUAUGAUUGUGGAGUUUCAGAAGUGCCUCUUCUGUGUUUAGCACAGCUCUUGCUGGGACCCCUUAUUCCUGUGCCAGCAUCUUCUACUGAAACUGACUUUUCCUCUUGGAUACCCUGUCCUUCCGUAGCACUUCUCAGGACUCAUUCAAACCCACUGUACCUACUUGGAGGACCCUCUUUUUUAUUCCUCAGGCAGAAGUAGCUGCUUCUCCUCAGCCCCUGCUGAGAGAAAUGUCUCUGAUGUGAUGAUGGAGCAUUGACAGCCCCCCUUUCUGUGCCUGCUGAGCACUGGUCAAAGACCCAGGCAUUGCUGCCCUGAGGGAGACUGCCACCCCUUUCCUCUUGGAGCAUGCAUCAGUUGUGGCUGUUCUUUUCAUGCUGUCUUCCCUCUCAAAGCCCUUUACCAUUUGGAGCAUGCUUGUUAAGGAGAAUACAAAGCAAAAUCCAACUCCUAAGUAAGUGCACAUCUCUCUGUAGUCAUGCAAAGCUGGGGUUUGGGCAUUAAUUCAAAGCUGAACUUCCAGAAACCACCUGCUGAGCAGAGGCAUGGGCUUCGCACAGGCGUGAAGGCUCUUGGUUUGCAACUGUAUCCAGUGAAAUAGGACCUGUCACUCAUGUUCAGUCCUUUCUUUUGAUAAUGGCCUGGGAUGCAGGAAAGAAACUGCCUCAUGCCUCAUCCUUUAAGCUUCCAACCCAGUGCUGCUGCUGAUAAAACCCAAGGUUAAAAGUCAUAGUUUCCAGGUUCAUGUUCAAAAGCAUCUGAAGGUCUCAGGGACGUUACAGUGCCACAGUGUUGGAUGAUCAUGGUGCAGCUUUGUCUGUACUGUUGAUGUAUUGGCUGCAUCCUCCCAUCUCGACAGUGCAGAAACAGCAGCUGUUUAUGAUGUCCUAGCGUCUAUUCACUCAGAAUGUUUCUGACCUAAUCCAAGGGUAUUGCAGGGAAAGUGUGUGCUGCUUAUCACAAGAAGUUUACUAGGCAAAUAACUGCUACUAAGCUAUUAAAUCAUUCUUCUCUCACCAUCAGCCUAACUCCUGUGCAUAAAACCAGAGCAGCCCCUACGAAAAUCAGAACAAGCACUGAAGUCUCAGACUUUCCUAGGUCCCAGUUAUAGGGACAGCUUUUAUUUCAACCCAACAGAUGCCUCUGCUGCUAGAAAGCAGUUUCUAAAAGCCAGGUUGCAGCAGUCUUCACUGCUGAAUUUCCUGCAAGGCUGCUGUCUCUCCAAAAAGCACCUUGGGGUCUUGGCUGGAGUUUGCCUCAAGCUCCCUGACCAGCUUAGCUCAGCUUCCUGCUGCAUUGGCUUGGCACUUACCUAGCCCUUCUCUGCUCCCUUGUGUCAGCUUUGGCAUUUCUAGCACUUAAAAUCUGCAAUAGAGAAUUGGCUUUUCUCUCUGUCGAUGCUGCUUGUCCAAGUCUCAGGCUUGGUAGCACCCUCCUUGCUCUCUGUCCCUGGCUGAGAAGGCCAUGUGCAGGAAUGAUCCUUUUGCAGAGACCACCUCGAAAGCUGGCCCAUGGCAGGAUACAGGGGUGCUCAAAGCAUCUGGAAAAACAAUUGCUCAGACUGUGAAGGGGGCACCAUCACUGUCAAGCAAACUGUGGAAGGAUCAUUUGCUGCACAUCCUUCACUGUCAAAUCUGUGGGGAAGAAAGCUUAGAGUGUUUCUGAGCCACCUAUGUGGCCCAUUUCACUGAGGCUUUCUCUCUCUUCCUAGUAUACUGUACUGCUGGUUCCCAGAGCAAAUGCCCACACAGUUUGCCUUUCAGUGACCCAUCCCUGUUUAUGUCUCCCCUGUAAAUGCUUAGAUCCCCUUUUUAAAAUAGCCAAAGGAAAAGGUUGGGGGAAAGGAAGAGAGGACAGAUGGAGAGCUGAAGUGCCGGUUAUGUUUUGCCUCAUCUGCACCGUGCCAUUGCAUCCAAGAUCAGACUCCCUGAGCACUGCCAUCACCUUUAGCAUGAGUUUGUGCUGCUUACCACAGUUCAUUCACAUCCCCCUGACAAACAGGUCAGCUUUCACGGCUUGAAAUUGUCUACCCCAACACAUCCCAGUUGCUGCUGCCCCUUCGAAACAGCACGAUGUGGACCCUGCUCUUCAGGGUCCCAGGCUGCAAGGAGCUGGCUGCUUUAUAGCAGCUGGUCCCUCUGCGGGGAGGGACAAGGGGCUGUUUUUGCACCUGUGUGUCCCCUUUCCAGGUUGUGAUUUGUUUGCUGCUGUGGUGGUUAGCCGGAGCUGUGUCUAAAUUCAGGGGAAAUAAACUAAAGACAACA